GAGGAGGAAGAAGUAGAAGUUUUAAAAAUAAAUAAAAAUAAAAUAAUUUGUGGAAACACAAAACUUUGGCACGGUUUAAUUCUCUCAACUUUUGACAAAUUUCUUAUACUCCGCGAGAUGUUAUCUGUUAUGGUUUUGUUUAAUUCAUUAAAAAAUAGUGGUUAUCGUUUACUUCUUUAUGCAAUGACCAAACAGGAAAGUUCAUUAAUUGGUAAAAAGUCAAUUCACAAUGCAUCUUUUGAAAAAACUAAAGUUGCACCAAAACCUAUACGUUUUUGGAUUGAUGGGAAGUGUUUUAACAUAUAUCCAAUGAAAAAACGUACGAAGGGCUACGAUAAAACGGGAGUGCAUUUCCUAAAUGAUACUUGUAACCAAAAUGAUGUGGUUUUCAUUACCAAAGAUAAUGGAAUGAUAACAAGUAGUCUUAGAUUACCUUCGUUUUAUUGCAAGAAAUUAAAAUUUCAAAUGAUGAAUGAUAUUGAAAACAUGAUGGAAGAAACAAAUACGCACAUAUCCAUACCAAAAAUUGGUGAAAUUGACAAACUAAAGAUUUUGGGAGAUAACAAGCAACAAAUAAAAAACGCUUUCCAGGGGAUUCUCUCUUUAAUUUCUGAUAUUAGGAAUGAGACCAGACCUUUACAAUUCCUCUCUAUUCCUCUCUGCAAUGAAGAAAUUAAAAGUAAUUUUAUGGAAUUCAAGAAAAAGGUGUUACAAGAAAAAGAUAUAAAAGGGAUUGAUGAAACUUUAUUCAUAAGUCCCCUUAAACUUCAUCUUACAGUAACUGUUAUGGUACUGAUAGAUCAUGGUGAAAAGCAAGAAGCAAUUAAAACUUUACAGGAUUAUCAAAAAAAUGUUCUAAAGCCAUUAAUGGAAAAAAAUGGACCAUUAAAAAUCCAAGUAACAGGAAUUGAAUGCAUGAACAACAAAUAUGAGAAAGUUCAUGUGUUAUAUGCAAAAGCCAAAAUAAUUAAUGAAACUGUUGCAUUGAAUUUGCAGAAUGUUGUUAAUGGAUUAUCGGAUUAUUUUUAUGAAAGGGGACUUUUGAAGCAAUAUCAAGAAAAUAUAACUGUACAUAUGACUCUUAUGAAUACAAAAUAUAGAGAAGAUUCAAAAAUGCAUCCGAAUUCAAGAAGGAAACAUCGAUUCGCAAAAAGGAUACCAUUCGAUGCCAGGACUAUAAUGAAAAAAUACAAAGAUUUUGAUUUUGGUACUUGUGACUUCAAUAGAAUACAUAUUUCGAUUAUGUCUUCAGUUGAUAAAACUGGAUUUUAUGAACCUCUGGCAACUAUUGAAGCAUAAAUAUGUUUAAAAAUUCAAAUAACCUAGUUACUUUGUUAAUACUAACAUAAUUUAUUUUCUACUUUUAUAUGAGU